GAAGUGAACAUAACACGCUGCAGUGUGAGCUGCUCCGACCACGUCUGGAUCAGUUUGGAUCGGGUUCGGUUCUGGAUCAGUUCUGUUCAGAGUCUCUGUUGGUGUGUGACGUCAUGUCUGCGGUCAGCUGUGUACCUGGCCAGUUUGAUGACGUAGAGGAGGACAGUGGCCAAUCACAGCCGUCUGCUGCAACGCAUCACACCGGUGAUGUCACUCAGCAGCCUCCAUCACACCGACAGGAGGAGGAAGACGAGGAGGAGGAGGAGGAGGAGGAGGACGAGGAGGAGGAGGAGGAGGAGUGGGCGUGGCGUUCAGCAGGAGGAGAUCUUACCAAAAGAUACAACAGGACGGCCGUGAGCUGUCAGUUCAACAGACAGAAUCCAUCCAAUAAGACGCUGCAGUCGACUCCGUCUGACAAAGCUCUGAGGAAAUAUGAGCACAAGAUCAACCUGGAUAAACUGAACUACGCCGACUCAGUGAUCAAUAAAGUGACGACGAUGCAGAAACAGAAGGAAGCCGACAAGUACAGAGUGAAGGACAAAUCAGAUCGGGCCACAGUGGAACAGGUGUUAGAUCCUCGAACUCGAAUGAUUCUCUUUAAGAUGUUGAGUCGGGGAGUCAUCUGUGAAAUCAACGGCUGCAUCAGUACAGGGAAGGAGGCUAAUGUUUAUCAUGCCAGCACCUCCUCUGGAGAAAGUAGAGCCAUAAAGAUCUACAAGACCUCCAUCCUGCUGUUCAAAGACCGGGACAAGUACGUCAGCGGAGAGUUCAGGUUCCGUCACGGUUACUGUAAAGGAAACCCCAGGAAGAUGGUGAGAACCUGGGCAGAGAAGGAGAUGAGGAACCUCAUCAGGCUGCAGACGGCAGGAAUCCCGAGUCCAGAACCGUACCUGCUCAGAAGUCACGUUCUGCUGAUGAGCUUCAUCGGAAAAGACACCAUGCCGGCUCCUCUGUUGAAGAACGCGGCGUUGUCUGAGUCGAAGGCUCGUGAGCUCUACCUACAGGUUCUACAGAACAUGAGGAAGAUGUUCCAGGAGGCUCGCCUCGUCCACGCGGACCUCAGCGAGUUCAACAUGCUAUAUCACAACGGAGACGCUUACAUCAUUGACGUGUCGCAGUCGGUGGAGCACGAUCAUCCUCACGCUCUGGAGUUCCUCAGGAAGGACUGCUGUAACGUCAACGAGUUCUUUGUGAAGCGUGGCGUCGCGGUGAUGACAGUCAGAGAGCUGUUUGACUUCAUCACAGACCCGUCGAUCACCUGCCACAACAUCGACCAAUACCUGGAGAAGGCGAUGGUGAUUGCAUCUGAGCGGACGUCGGAACAGCGGUCGGAUCAGGACGGAGUGGACGAGGAGGUGUUUAAGAAGGCCUACAUCCCCCGAACUCUGACGGACGUGAGUCACUACGAGCGAGACGUCGACCUGAUGAGGACGAAGGAGGAGGAGUCGGCCAUCUGUGGACAUGAGGACAACGUUCUGUACCAGACGCUGACCGGACUGAGGAAGGAUCUGUCUGGAGUUCAAACGGUUCCUGCUCUCCUGGAGAAUGACCAGUCUUCAUCUGAGGAGGAAGAGGAGGAGGAGGAGGAAGCGGAAGAAGAAGAUCAGCAGGAGCAGAGUGAGGAAGCCCAGAUUGACAAAAAGGAGAAGAAGAAGGUGGUGAAAGAAGCUCAGAGAGAAAAAAGGAAAAAGAAAGUACCAAAACAUGUGAAGAAGAGGAAAGAGAAAGCGUCCAAGAUGAAGAAAGGCAAAUGAUGACUUCCUGUUUGUCUGUGUAGACUUCCUGUGUGUUACUACUCUAUUGAUCAGCUGUGCAGCAUCACCACGACGACCAGUCACAGUAAACAUCAAAGAAAGCUUUCAAUAAAACAUUUUAUCACA